UAGUGUCAUACUGUGACGGAUGGGUCACAGUGGAUUGUGUUGACGGCUGUAAUCGAAAAUUCUUCGCGUUGAGUAUCCCAAAGUGUAAGACAUGUCAGACGUCAAGAGUUUAGAACAUCCAACUUUAAAGGUGCCGUACGAACUUCUUAACAAAAAAUUCCGUUUGGCUCAGAAAACGUUGGAUCGUGAAGUAUCGCACGUUCAGGCUGCAGCGAACGAAUUGGAGAAAGGAAUAAGCGAUGACGGUGCCAGUGUAUCGACUGGAGAAAUAACUCGCCUUUUGGGUGGCAUGGUAGCUAGACUUCAAGUUUUAAAGCGCAAGGCACAGGAGUCGAUCGCGGAAGAGCUACAGGCUGGCAUGGUCUGCAAAAGGAGAUUGGAUCACCUGAAGGAACACGCUAACACUGCUCCCAGUGCCGUGAACCAAUGGCGAAGACAAAGACUCGAUAGAAUGCUCGUGGAAUAUUUCCUCCGUAAAGGAUAUUACAAAACUGCUACGAAAUUGGCAGACAGCAGUGAACUCAGAGAUUUAACUAACAUUGAUGUCUUCAUGGUGUCAAGAGAUGUAGAGAGGUCACUGGCUAAUCAUGAAACUGCUCGAUGUCUCGGCUGGUGUCACGAUAACCGCUCCAAAUUACGUAAAAUGGGAAGCACUAUGGAAUUCAACCUGCGAGUUCAAGAGUUCAUAGAAUUAGUACGUGCCGAUCGCAGAUUAGAUGCUGUCAAGCAUGCCAGAAAGUGCUUUGCAAAUUAUGACGACUACCAGCUUCGAGAGAUUCAGUGUUGUAUGGGUCAGUUGGCUUUCCCUGCAACUACAUUCUUCAGUCCUUACAGAGAUCUUCUAGAUGAGAAACGGUGGGAUAGAUUGAUCGAGCAGUUCCGCCAUGAAAACUACAGGCUAUUCCAGUUGGCCAGUCAAAGUGUAUUUACGGUAGCCCUUCAAGCUGGCCUGUCAGCCUUAAAAACCCCACAAUGUUACAGCGCAAAUAAGGAAGGAAGGAAUCCCAGUUGUCCAGUCUGUAACGAGGCUCUUAAUGAAUUGGCUAGUCCAUUGCCAUUUGCACACUGUUCGCAGUCGAGAUUAGUCUGCAGCAUCAGUGGAAAACCUUUGAACGAAUACAAUCAACCCAUGAUGAUGCCGAAUGGAUAUGUUUACGGAGAGCAUGCGUUAGAGAAAAUGGCCGAGGAAAACAAUGGCACCGUUGUCUGUCCGAAAACCAAAGAAGUAUUCCCGUACAAAAAGAUCGAAAAGGUUUAUGUAAUGUAAGCUGACUACAUUCGUAAGAAAUUGUGUACAAUAUGUUAAUUUCGAUAUCUCUCUCUUUCUUAUAUUCCUCAAAAUCUGCGACGUAGCAUUCGCAUUCGUGACUGUGUAUCCAAUCUAAUGGUAAAAAUAAACUCUAUUUUUCAGGAUA